GAAAGAGCUUGACGCUGGAGAAGGAAGAGAUGGUCCUGCACACGGGCAACUGCUGCUUCAACCAAACCCAGCGGCGGCCCUACGCCCAACUGGACCUCUUGGAAGAGCGCAUGAUCUGCUGCAAUACCUGCGCGGCCAUCAACUCGGAUCUGGCGCCCAUGAAUGAGGAGGGCCAUGGCGGCAUCGUGCCUGGCUGUGGCUGUGAGGCGGCCAAGGUGCAGGAGAUCAUCCGAGAGUUGAAUCUCCGGAAGAACGGCCGCGGCAAGGUUGCGCAGAUGAGGCAGCAGAAGUUCAUGCUGGAGAUGAUGGGCAAACUGGCGGUGCAGGUCCCGGUGCUGAUGAAGCACUUCAGCGUCACCUACCCCCCGCCCGAGUCCUUGGCGCGGCGCCUCUUCGAGCCCAACGCGCGCUUCCUGCCGCUGAAGGAGCUGUUGGCAGUCGACAAGCCUCCUGACUUUCCUCCGAUGGGCUACGACGUCACCUGCGCCUGCGAGAGACUGCUAUGCACCUCCCGCCUGCUUCAGCUGGAGCCGGAUGAGGCAGUGCUCACACACAAGCAGUCCAUCACUGGAACCGUGGUGACCACGAGAGUGCCUUAUGCCAAUAUCGAGUCCGUGCAAGCCACGCACGAGUGCGGAUGCUGCGCAGUAUUGCAAGCGGGGGAGCUCACGCACCCCCCAGGCAUGCCGCAAGCCCAGCCGCUGGUGCCUGGCUGCGGCUGUUCCGGGCAGCUGGUGGAGCAGAUGCGCGCGGAGUUCCAAGCGAGAGUGGAUGCGCGGGGCAACAGGAGACAGAUCCAGCAGCUGGAGGAUAUGAUGAAGCGUUUCAAAGACCUCGCGGUGCAGCUCACCUUGGUCCAGGAGAAGGUGGGCCUGGAUGUGGCCUACCCACCCUCGCAAGAGACCAUGGCGAGCAUUUACGGCCAGCAGGGGCCUGAAAUUAUGCCUAUCACGGCUGUGCACGCAGAGCCGAGCGUCACCUUCCAAACCAAGGAGUUCAACGUGCGGAAUGAGAUCAACAACGCUCUCACGAUGCUGAGCUCCUGCGGCCUUGCGGGAUGCACCACUCACAAGGUUGUGCUGGAACCUGAGCAGAUGGUGGAGACGUUCAGCAACAACUGCACCAACUCAGUGGAGCGCAAGCCCUACGCGAAUCUCACCUCAGUGGACGAGGUGCUGGUGUGCUGCUGCUGCAGGCUCGUGAACGGCUGGCUCCCCGGGGUCUGCGGCGAUCAGGGCAUGGUGCAGGAGAUCGCCGAGGAGCUGCAGGGCCGGAAGGUGGGCAGGGGCAACAUCGCGCAGCUGCGGAACCAGGAGAACUCCAUGGUGAAGGCCCUAGAAAGCGACAUCCGGGUGGACAGUCUCAUGAAGAAGCAGGGCGUGGCAUAUCCGCCGUCCCAGCAAACCAUGCAGGAGGUCUACGGGGCACAGGUGCCAACGUUGCCACCCACGGGGGCGGCCGGUCAGACCAUGCACCUCAGUGCCUCGGAGCGGAUGGAGACCAAGGAGUAUGAGAUCACGAGCUGCGGUCAGAGAAUGUGCUGCGGCAAGCAGAACUUGGUCUUGAACGACGAGGAGGCAAUCUACGACUUCCAGAACUGCUGCUCGAAGGUGAGGCAGCGGGAGCCCUACGCGUCUCUGGGCUCCGUAGAGCCCGUCCAGAACUGCGGCGGCCUCUGCGUGCAGGUCUCCACGGACCAAAACGAGAUCUGCCCAGGCUGCGGCUGCGAGCACGCGCUGGUCAACGAGAUCUCCGCGGAGCUGCAGCAGCGCAAGGUGAAGCGGGGGAACAUCGCACAGAUCCGGCAGCAGGAGAAUCUGAUGGUGGAAAUUAUCAAGCUCGGUGUGAAGCUGGACUUGCUACUGAAUAAGGAGAAGAUUCAGUAUCCACCUGGACAGGCCGUGAUGGACGAGAUCUUCGGGCAGGGCGCGCAGCUCAUCGACGCCAGCGCCCCGCCCAGCGAAGAGAGGAGAAGCUCCCGGAGCUUCAUGAACGUCACGGUGCCCGCGGGGCUGCGGGCCGGGGACACCUUCCCGGUCACGGGGCCCACCGGCCGCUUCGUGGUGAUGGUCCCCGAGGGCCAUCAGAGCCAAGUGAUGCAAGUGGAGAUUCCUCGACACACGGAGACGGAGUUGGCGCCGCUUGCGGCCAACGCCUCCUGAGAGCUUGCGGAUAAGCGAAGCGCAGUAGUGAUCCUUCUUGGGCGACGAACAAGUUGACUUCCCGCAAAAGGUAAACC